AUGUCGUCCUGGUCCCUGGCCUCGACCUGCUCCUCCUCCCUCUCCUCCUCCCCUUCCCUCCUCUCCUCACUCAUCUCCAGCCUCUGCCUCUACUCGUGCCGCGUCGCCAGGACCAGGACUGCCGCCAGAGCCUCUGAUCCGGCCUGCUUGCCUCGAGAGUUUUCUUCGUCAGCCUGUUCUGCCAUCGCCAAAUCGUCCUCCGGACCACCCUACUCUCUGCAGACUCUUGACGGCAAGCCGCUCACGAGCAGUAAUAAUUAUCCCCUCUCGGCGCGCACCCUCGCCAUCACCACCACGAGCACGAGGAGGACCUUUGUUACUGCUCAGACCACCACCACCAACAACAGCAUCGGAACUGCCACUGCCACCCUCGCACAACCCUCCCCGGAACGACCCAUGACUGUAGACUAUCGCGAGCCCAAACGCGCACGCACCGACGAGGAUAUGCCCCAUGCCAACGGCGUCAACGGCACCAAUGGUGUCAACGGUGUAAAUGGAGUCGACCUGUCCGACAAGGGCAACACCGUCAAUGGUGGCGCCCAUGGCCCCUUCAACGCCGAAGACUGGUUCAUCGGCAGUGUCGACCAGGGAACCACCUCCUCGCGCUUCAUCAUCUUCAACAGAAACGCCGACAUCGUAGCAAGUCACCAGAUCGAAUUUGAGAACCACUAUCCAGAGUCGGGAUGGCACGAGCAUGACCCAGAAGACCUCGUAGACUCGGUGCAAGACUGCAUGGAGGAGGCCGUCAAGCAGUUCACCGACCAGGGCUACUCGAUAGACCAGAUCAAGGCCAUCGGCAUCACAAACCAACGAGAGACCAUUCUCUGCUGGGACAAGCACACGGGCAAGCCUCUCUGCAACGCCGUCGUCUGGCCAGACACGAGAACCAAGGACAUCGUCCGCGAGUUGAAGCUGCGCGAAGGCGCCGAGAAGAUCCCCGAGCUCUGCGGCCUUCCCCUCAGCACGUACCCGUCCAGCGUGAAGCUCAUGUGGCUGCUGCGCAACCACGAGCUGGUACAAAAGGCAUACGAGGAGAGCCGGUUAGCAAUCGGCACGGUAGACACCUGGCUGGUCUACCGCCUUAAUGGCGGCGCCGAGAGGAACGUUCACGUCACAGACACCACCAACGCCAGCCGGACGCAGUUCAUGAACCUGCGGACGCGGAAAUAUGACGACGAGCUGCUGGACUUCUUCGGCGUCGACCCCACCAAGGUCGCCCUCCCCAAGAUCGUUACAUCGUCGUGCCCCAAGCUCUACGGGUCCAUCGCCUCGGGAUCCCUCGCCGGCGUCAAGAUUGCCGGAUGCCUGGGAGACCAGUCUAGCGCACUGGUGGGCCAGUGCGGUUUCCAGCCAGGCCAGGCCAAGAACACCUACGGUACCGGAUGCUUCCUUCUGUACAAUGUCGGCCACGAGCCCGUCAUCUCCAAGUAUGGCUUGCUCUCCACAGUCGCAUACGACUUUGGCCACAAGGGGGAAGCUACCUACGCCCUCGAGGGUAGCAUUGCUGUUGGUGGCUCUGGUGUCAAGUUCCUGCUGCACAACCUUGGAUUUGAGCGUGAUUCCAAGAGGAUCACCGAGCUUGCCGAGAGUGUCCCGGACAACGGCGGUGUCUACUUUGUCACCGCAUUCAGCGGUCUGUUUGCGCCGUACUGGGUUGACGACGCCAAGGGUACCCUAUUCGGUAUUACACAGCACACCAAGAAGGGUCAUAUCGCUCGUGCGACGCUGGAAGCAACCUGCUUCCAGACCCGCGCCAUCCUCGACGCCAUGGAGAAGGACUCCGGUCACAAGCUCGGGGACCUUGCCGUCGACGGUGGCAUGUCCAACUCCGACCUGACGAUGCAGACGCAAGCCGACCUUUCGGGCAUCCGCGUCGAGCGGCCCGCCAUGCGCGAGACCACAGCCCUCGGCGCCGCCAUCGCCGCCGGCCUGGCCAUCCGGGGCUGCUGGAACAGUUUGGAGGAGGUCGAGACGCUGAUGAAGACCAAGGAGGGCCGCAAGACCUUUCUGCCCGAGAUGGAGAAGAAGAAGGUCGUCAGAAUGUACAACAAGUGGGAACACGCCGUCGAGAUGAGCCGAGGCUGGGUCAUCGACGAAUCUGAGGACGAGGGAGAUGAUUACUAA